AUGCCUAUCCCUCAUAUUUGUCAAACCUGCGGCCAAACCUUUACGCGCUUGGCUGUCCUCCUCCUCCACGCUCAUUUUUCUCAACACGUCGCCAACCCUUUCUUUUGCAUUUUGUGCAAUUUAUCUUUUCGCGACGACCAUGGCCAGCAGUCGCACACGCGCGCAAAGCAUCCCGCUCUGGCGGCUCUUGCGGACGGAGACGAGUCCGAGUCCGAGUCCGAGUCCGAGUCCCACUUAGACGGACAUGGCGAUAACACUGGUGCUGACGAGAAUGUGUGUACGAUGUGCAAAUUCACCACUGAGGACAUCAUUCGCUUCAACGAUCAUCUGAAACGUGCCCAUAACUGGUGCUUUGAAUGCUCGAAGGGAUUUGCAACAGCCGGUGACCUCGCUCGUCACGUCAGUUCCCUCGCACAUGCCCCACGCACAAUGUCUUGCCCCAGUGGAUCCAACUGCGAGUGUAGAUUCAAAAGUGCUUCUGGCAUUGCUCACCACAUGGAGAACGGCUGCCAUAUGGACCGCCAUCAAGUUACACGCAGAGUAAAAGCUAUGGACAAGAACAACGUCAUCUCAAUCGAUUGUCGCAUCGAGGGCCCCGAAUUGAAUGGGACGACAAAGUUCAUUGCGACGGAAGAUUCGUUCGACGGGCAGCAUUAUGUAUGUUUCCUUUGUCAAAAGAAGUGUCGUAGUCUCGCUGGACUCAACGCGCACUUGAACUCGGCCGCGCACGACGCGUCCGAGUUCAAGUGCCCGAGUGGCAUCGGGUCGCAUCCUCCCACAGGCCUUCUGAUCCCCCUCAUCCUCUCCCAUCGAUAUCGCCGUCCAUCUUCCAGUAUGUCUGUUCCCCACUCCUGCCUUACAUGCGGUCAAAAUUUCGUGACCGUGAAUCUUAUGCUACUUCAUGUGCAUUUUUCUCGUGGCCAUCUCGUCAACCCGCUCUUUUGCGUGUUGUGUAACCUGUCCUUCCAAGAUCAUGCAGCCUGGCAGCUGCAUCAGUAUUCAAACCACCCUCAACUGCUCACGGCUUCUGUUCUAGCUGAAAUUCCACUUAGCACCCCACUUGCCGCCAGCGACGGACUUGAACCCUCAGGCUCUCCCAUCGACUCCGAUGCCAACGCAGGGAUUGAUAGGAAAGUCUGCGUGUUGUGUAAUGCUGCCUAUAGAGAUAUCUCCCUGUUGAAUUCGCAUCUCGAGACUGUCCAUCACUGGUGCUUCCUUUGCUCAAAAGGAUUCAAAACUGCAGAGAGCCGCAGCCAACAUGACGAAUCCCUUGCGCAUGUCCCACGAACGCUUCGUUGUCCCAUCGCGGAGUCUAACUGCAGAUGCAAAUUCAAAAGCGCCUCUGGAGUCGCACACCAUCUGGAAAACGGACGACACAUGAAUCGACAUCAGGUAACCCACGCCGUGAAAAGCAUGGACAGGAACCACAUUAUUUCCAUCAACCACCUACUCAGUGACGCGCCGAAGACAACGACUACCACGUUCAUCGCAACGCAUGACUCCUUCGAUGGCAAACAUUACGUAUGUUUCCUCUGCCAGAAGAAAUUUCGAUCGCUCGGCGGGCUCAACGCGCACCUGAACUCGGCAGCGCACGACGCUUCCGAGUUCAAGUGCCCGAGGUGCGAGUCGGAGUUCAAGAUUGUGUCAGCACUCGCACAGCACAUUGAAUCGCGUGUAUGCGCCCAUCGCGCUGCUGCUAUAGGGAGUGGAUCAGAGGAGGUCGAAAACUACAUUAUGCAGUUUCCCGGAAAUUUUCGUCAGCUGCGAUUCUGA